AGACUUAUAAAUCUUAUCAUUGGAAUUAACCUAUACCUUAAUUUCAAAUAGACUACUCUCAUUUUGUAGCUAUAGCCAUGAGUUUAAAUGGACCAAUAAUUAAGCCAGCUGUGAUCAGAAUUUUCAAUGGUUUCCUAUGACAUUGUUUGGUUUUAUUCUUGUCUCUCUUUAUAUUAUAAGCAGUAUAUUAGUAACUAAAUUACUGAAAUUAACUUAAAACCUGAACAUCCUUAACUCAUCACUGUCUUGUGUUACCGCUGGACUUCUACAGUUGUGUCUGGCCUGUGAAAAUAGGGCCCAUUGUGCAUUGUUUGUGGUCUGGCCAAUAUGUCAUGGUUUUAGAUUGCAAUAUGUUUAUUCACUUCUUCACGCCCGUCUUAUUGUUUUGGCAGAAAUGGCAUUACCCAACAUCCUUGUGCUUGAGGAGCAAUUCCGGUGUUCUAUAUGUCUGGAUGUGUUCAACGACCCCGUAUCCACUCCCUGUGGCCACAACUUCUGCAUGGCCUGUAUCGGAGGAUACUGGGACAGCUGUGACCUGCCUCAGUGUCCUUUGUGCAAGGAGACUUUCGAAACAAGACCUCACCUCUGCGUCAACAAAAGCUUUGCGGAAAUUGUUGAGCAGUUCAAGAGCUCGGCUGACGUGAAUGCUAAACCAUCUGGGACACCGCCUACCCCAACCGCUGCAGGAGUGCUUUGCGACAUCUGUACUGAGGAGAAGCUCAAGGCUGUGAAAUCCUGUCUAACCUGUCUGACAUCUUACUGCGGCGAACACAUCAGUUUGCACAGGUUCAAUAAACACACGCUUUCUGACCCCGUGAGCAUGGAAGGCCACAUGUGCAAACAGCAUGAGAGACUCCUGGAGGUGUUCUGUCAGACUGACGAGACUUGCAUUUGUGCAUUAUGCGCCGAGAAAGACCACAGGACGCACGACACCAUACUUGUAGAGAGGGCAUGUGAAGAAAAGAGGAUUCAGUUUGGGAAAGUUGAAGAGGAGAUAAACCAGAUGAUCCAGGAGAGAAUAAAAAAGGUGGAAGACAUAAAGCGGACAGCAGAGCUCAGCAAAACUAAUGCGCAGAAAGAAAUUGAGGACAGCGAGCAAGUCCUCAAUGCUCUGAGGCGCACGAUUGAGAGAAGCCAGUCCGAGCUCGUUGAGCUUAUAAAGGAAAAGCAGGACGCUGCAGAGAAAUGGGCGAAAGGAUUUAUCGAGAAGCUGGAACGGGAAAUUGCCGAACUGAGGAGACGAAACGCGGAGCUGAAGCAGCUCUCGCACUCUGAGGAUUAUAUCCAUAUCCUGCGGAUUUUCCCUUCCUUGUGCACCAUUUCACACAUCAAGAGCCCGUCUGAUGUCACUGUGUACGCUGAUCCCUGCCUGGGAACUGUGCAGAAAAUGUUGUUGCAACUGGUGGAGUUAAUCUCCGAAGAAGAGAAGAGGUUUUCCGCAAAUGAUCUGGAGAGAAUACAGCAAUAUGCAGAUGACGUGACUCUGGAUCCUGCCACUGCCCAUCCAUGUCUUGUCCUGUCAAGUGACAAGAAAAACUUGUGGCUUGAAAACGCAAAACAGGACGUGCCUGAUAACCCAGAGAGAUUUGAUCUGAUUGUUGCAGCACUGGGAGAGCAAAAUGUAAGUUCUGGAAGGCACUACUGGGAACUAGAAGUUGGAGACAAAACUGAAUGGAAUGUCGGAGUUGCUGCAAAGUCUGUGGAUAGGAAGGGCUCCAUCGUACGCAGUCCUAACAAUGGAUUUUGGACUUUGUGGCUGAUAAAUGGAAAUGAGUACUACGCUUACACUGAUCCUCCUGUCCAACUCACCAUGAAUAUGAAGCCUAAAAAAAUUGGAGUAUAUGUGGAUUAUGAGGAAGGAUGCAUUUCCUUUUAUAAUGUAGAUGCAAAGUUGCAUAUCUACACAUUCAGUGGGUGCAGCUUUAAAGAGAACGUGUACCCUUACUUUAAUACAGGUGUCAUUACUGGAGAUCAAAACAUGGCCCCACUCAUAAUCUCUCCUGUCGUUCCUAAAGAGUGAAUGAAGAUGUCUCUAUGUUAUCAGUACACAUGAUCUGUGUCAAAAAAAACAUAAUUAACACUCACAUGUUCUUCAUCAUUCUCAAGAGGAAAUAUUAUUCAUAGGUGCUCAGAAGAUAUUUUUCUUAUGCGAUAGGAGAUUUUGAGACAAAAUAACAAACUUUUUAAGAUAUGUAAAAAUAAAGAGAAAUAAAGUGCAAUAAUGUAAUACGCAUGCUAGCUUUAAGAAUAAAUUAGAGCAGCUAAAACGCUUUUUGAAAGUAUGCGAGGAAUAAAAAAGUACUACUUCACUGGAGAAACCAAAUUAGAGUGCCUUCAAUGAAAAAAGAGUAGUAGUGGUUUAUCAAAGCCUAUUAGGAUCUAGGCAUUUGCUGUAACAUAAAAAAGGCCAACAAAGGCCAACAGAAUGCUGGGAUAUAGAGCAAACCAAGUUAUAUCAGUGUUAUACAAUGCCUCUAUCAGACCACACUGAGUAUUUUGUGCACUACAAGCAAUAAAUAGAAGUUCUGAGAAAGGUCAAAGAAGGACAACUACAUUGGUUCCUGAUAUGAAAUGUUAAAUUUAUGAGGAAAGACACAAGAUAAUCUCUUCAAGUUUAAUAAAAAGAGACUAUGGUGCCUCUUGCCUUUACUCUAUGUAUUCUACCCUGGCGCCAGCUCUGAAAUAACUCCUGUAAUUCUGACAAUGAAUCCCUCGUGUUGUACAAUAUCAUUCUAUUUGGAAGCAUAAAUACAUAAUCAUUACAAUAGCA